CCAAAGCCACCACUAAUGCAUCCUAAAAAAGAACUACAAUUGUGCCAAUUACCCGGGCCAGCAGAGUAUGAGCGAUGGCACUAACACCACAACACCAGCAGGGAGUUGGUGGACCAGACAGAACUAUGAUGGCUAUGCGCCGAACAACAACAAUUGGAACCGUGUGCACCCCAUGUAUGCCCAUUCGCUUCCUUCCAGGGCCAUUCCGGUUUGUACAUUAUGCCUAUCGGCAACAAAAGAGUUUCUACACAUGCAUACAUGUUUGUAACUAUGAAAACCCCAACGGAUCAUCAAAUAGCACCCCUGCAAUGUGUUUAGAUGGAACCUAAAGUAUUGUGGGGUUAGGUGUUUUUGAUGAAGAAGGCUAUUUAUUCUAUUGUAUAGGAUGAUUACAUUAUUAUGUCGCUCAUUGGUGUGUUUCCAGAAUGCCAGAGGAGGUGCACAGGAUCCACGGUGGCCAUCGGAGGAGAGAACAACAACUGGGCCUUUAGGUUUAGCAAGUUUUCCAGUCCCACUGCAUUCCCUUGUGCCUAUUAUGUUCCUCGGCAAUGAUAUGGCAAGAGACAGCAACCCAAGGCUCAGACAGUCCAUGCUCGAGUCCCCUCCAAGGUUGAUAGGCCAAUGGAAUAUGCAAGUCCCUACACAGGAGGAACAGUCAAGAUUAACCCGUGAUGAGCAGAAAACAGCCUUGAUGAGGCUAAAGAAAGAAAUCUAUAAUCCACCACCAAAGGCGGGCAAGCAACUGUGGCUGUAUUAUCGAGAGAAUUCUAGAAACAGUCCUACCAAUAAUGAAAACGAUAAGGAUGAAGAUGGUAAAAGGUGUGCCAUUUGUUUAGAAGAUUUUGUGCCCAAGCAGUUGGUGAUGCUCACUCCAUGCAACCAUAUGUUUCACGAGGAUUGCAUCGUGCCAUGGGUGAAGAACCAUGGACAGUGCCCAGUUUGUAGGUUUGCAAUUUGCUAGCGAAUGAAACAGAUUGCAGUGGCUCCAAACAAUAUCAAUGCAAACGUGGCUGCCACUGAUCCAUUUCCUAGCGAGCUGAUUUCACUUAUAAGAGCCAUGGAGGAAGUUUUUGAACGAAGGAAUGUAAGAACUCUGCACUGACCUGGUAGUAUACAAAAUAAGAAGAAAAAUAGAAAACAAAUGUUCUAGACUACUGGCUGCAGUUCUAUUGUUACCAAGGAACCCAGUUCCCAAAUUCAGAAACAUAAACUUGAAUAAUUUUGGGCAAAGAUUAUGCCAGUUUAUUUCUUUUCAAUAUGAUCCUCGUGAUCCUUCCUUGAUACCUUGAUUGAUGAUCCUCCACUCACUUUGUGCACAUCAUUGAAGAUUUGGAAACCUAAAGUGCAUUUGAAAAUGCAAGUUUAUCCAUGGUUAAUUACUCAUGGUAAGAUCAAUACUAAUGAUGCGUUCCAAAGGAG